AUGAGAGACAGACUAGAGAAGCUUCAGCGUGUGCAGACAGACUCUGAGGGUUUCAGCGUUGUGGAGCUCAACAACCUGUCAGAACAUGAAGCAGCAGCUGGACCCGACCAGGACCUGGACGACAUCCUGCAGGAGGCCCAACGACUACGUCUGGAAAUCCAGCAGAUCCAAAACGACAUCCGUGAGCUCAGGGAUGUGAACUUCCAGGCUCUGAACGGGACUUCGUUCCCUGCUGUGACAAAGCGGGACUCCAAUGCCAUUGGUGCAGACAUUAAGCGCAGAGGAGAGGCUGUGCUGCAGCAGCUGCGUGCUUUGAAUGAUCUCCAAGAUGAGCUGGAGGCCCAGCGUGGCCCCAAUGACCCUGCAGCACGAAUCGCUCGAACACAGUACCACUACCUGAGCAACGCUUUGCGGGAGGUUAUGUUUGGCUACAACGACGCAGAGAUGAGCCACAGGGAGGCCUGCAAACGGCACAUCCAGCGGCAGAUGGAGGUGGUGGGCACCAAGGUCACCGAGAAGGAGAUCGAGGAGAUGAUGGAGGUUGAGGAGUUGUGUGUGUUCAGCAUCAAUGAGACAGGAAAAACUGCGUCUUCUGCCCUCAAGCAGAUUGAGAGCAGACACCAGGAGCUGCUGGAGCUGGAGACCAGGGUCCAGGGGAUCCAAGAGCUUUUCCUGGACGUGGCGAUGCUCGUAGAAGAGCAGGGGGCAGAAGUUGACAGCAUCGAGAAAAACGUCCAGGAUGUUACAGUGAAUAUUCAGAAAGCAAAUAUUGAAAUAGAAAAUGCCACAAAGUCUGACAAAAACAACCCGUUUAAGAAGAUGUUUUGUGGCUGUUUCCCAUGUUAUUACAAUUAA